AUGACAUCAACAAAAACGACGUUCAUCGCGUCAACAUUUCCUGAAAACCCGCUCAAGACAGCCGACUUCUCCCCGCCCGCGUCCUCCUGCUCCGGCAUCUACCUCACCAACAAUGUAUACGCCAUCGAUAACGACCCUUCAUGCCUGCCCGACAAGUUUAACGGCGCCAGCACGGCCUUCUACUCCCCCGGGACCGUCUGUCCGACGGGCUACACCGCGCAACCGUACUGCUCGCGCAAUGGCGGCGUGCGCUCCAUCACGACCGUCACGUGCUGCCCCUUCCGCGGCGACAUGACGCUGUCCUGCGUCCAGGACGACAUGACCCUCGCAAAUGUGUGGGAGACACAAUUUUGCACGUGGAUGGCUGGCCCCGCGACGGUCGUUGAUAUUACGCGGACAGACGACGGGGUUGUGGCUACCCAGGCUGUCACGAUGAAGAACCGUGAUGGUGUGAAUGCGUGGGGUAUUAGGAUGGUGUAUCAGGCGAGCGAUCUUCUGCCCCAGACGACCUCGGCUGCGACGACAACGGUAACGGGGACGGGAACGGAGACUGCGGCGGCGCGGAGCGGAGUGACGGAUGCGAGUGCGAGUGCAACCGGGACGGCGGCCGGGGCGGAGAACACCACCAGCAGCGCGAACACUGGUGGUCUGUCCACGGGCGGCAUCGUCGCUGUGGCUGUCGUCGUGCCCGUCGUCGCGAUAGCCGCGCUCGUAGGUCUAUUUUUGUGGUGGAGACGGCGGAAGCACCGAUAUGCGGGCGUGAAGCCCGUCGAGACGCCGACGGCGCCUGAGAUGGAUGGGCAGUCGCCCAUGGGAGCUCAGAGCGCGUACGCGUAUCAGAGUCAGCAGUACGCACAACAGCAGCAGCAGAACGGGCAGGGCCCCCAGGCGUCGCCCGCGUCGGAGAUGAUUGGGACGGACGUUGCUGGGUAUUACAACAAUGAUAAGGUUCUCAUGAACCCCGGCGGCCAGCAUGGAGGAGGGGGACACACGCAGUUCAAGGGGUGGACGCAGCCGCAGCAGCCUGCUGAGUUGGAUGGCGGGGAGGGGCCUACGGAAUUGCCUGCUGAUAAUCGGAGGUGA